AUGUCUCCCCAUUCAGCAAGCCCGGAGCCAGGAGGCCCCCAGGCCAGGCUCAUGGAUCAGGCCGGGAAAGGCGGCUCUCCAAAGCCAACGUGGACAGUGGGCCACCUGCUCAGGGUGGAAGAUUCCAUCACAGGUCCCAGCGAAGUCAGGAAGGCUGGGAUCAGCCGUCCUGGGGCCCGGAGGCCUGGAGACCAGCUCCAGGAACAGUUAAGCUAUGCAGGGCCUGGAGACUGGUGGGCUUACUGCCUGAGCCCCGUGCUACCGGCGCUGGCGGCCGAUCAGACAUUGGGGGGCCUCACAUGGGAGCCCAUUUGGCCAGACGGCCUGGGGAGGGUGGCGCAACAGACCCACGGGGCCUGCCAGGGGCAGGCACCCAGAAGAGCCCGCAAGAGAGCGGAAGGUGGUGCCAGCUCCAAUGUCUUCUCCAUGUUUGAUCAGUCCCAGAUCCAGGAGUUCAAAGAGGCCUUCACCAUCAUGGACCAGAACCGGGACGGCUUCAUCGACAAGGAGGACCUGAGGGACACCUUUGCUGCCUUGGGCCGCAUCAAUGUAAAGAAUGAGGAGCUGGAAGCCAUGGUGAAGGAGGCGCCUGGACCCAUCAACUUCACCGUCUUCCUGACCAUGUUUGGGGAGAAGCUGAAGGGUACGGACCCCGAGGAGACCAUCCUCCAUGCCUUCAAGGUGUUUGACACUGAAGGGAAAGGUUUCGUUAAGGCUGAUUUCAUCAAAGAGAAGCUCAUGACCCAGGCCGACCGGUUCAGUGAGGACGAGGUCAAGCAGAUGUUUGCGGCUUUCCCACCAGAUGCGUGCGGUAACCUGGAUUACCAGAACCUGUGUUACGUCAUCACGCAUGGAGAGGAGAAGGACUAGCAGGCCAGGGAACCCCCCCACACAUUCAGAGGUAGCAAACUCCCUUGGUGUUUAGGGGGCGACCCCCGGUGAGCCCCCUGCAGCCAACAUGUGCAAAGGAGUGUCUCCCCACGUCCCCCUGUCCCCAGCUCAGGGGCAAAGCAAGAAUAAAGAAUGCUAACAAGGCCUGCGUUUUCGUGAUUAAUGCUCCGGUUGGGGAGAAAGCGAAACAUUCCUGCGUUGUUGGUUUUUCCAAAACUUUUUUUUUUUUUUUUACUUCCCCGGCUUUGCUCAAAUGUUCCUGAUGAGCUGGUGUUUAGAACUAAUUGACAGUUUUAAUGAUCCCCAGCUGGACCACAGGACAUGCCUUCAUUUAGGAAGCUUUUACUGAGCACCUGGGGCAAACCGGGUGCCGGUCUGGGAGGGGGACACACAGAGGAGCCAACCCUGUCCCUGGGCCGUAAGGUCGUGCAGUGAGCAGGACAAGAUGUGGGGUUCGAGGUUCUUCUACUUUCUUCACAUCCUCAUCAGCACUGCUAUUUUUGUGUUUUUUUCUUUUUUAUAUAUUUUUUUAA